UCAAUCCCCCUCCCCACCAGUGCCUCAUCCCCGCGCCGACAAGUUGACAGGGGUGUUUACUCCUUAACCUCCAUGGAUUGUCUCAAUGUAUACUGUGCUUUUUUAUUAUUCUAAUGCAGUCUAGUGUUAAAACACAAACCUCGUGGUUGAAAUUCAGAUGUGGCCGACGUGGGUGAUGUUCAGACGGAUUUUAAUUUAAAUCCCUUUCGAAAAAGGGUGAGAUAUUACAAUUUUCUGACAUUUCAGUAAAUGCAAAACCAUCGACUGUAAUUAAACAACGUCCCUAACACAUUAAUCAGUCCUCAUGAUUUUCAAAGAUUUGAUUUAAAUUUUAAAUCAUUCAAAUUGUUGGAGUACAUGUGCACAAGCUAUAGAUUUGAUGAGAACAAUUGAUACUAUACUAUGUCGAGAUGGAAUUAGCAAAGGAAAUUAUCGACGGCGUAGCAAACAUCCAAAAUAGCAAUGUCUUACCCGAAGAAACGUUUCUACAAUUAUUAGAUAUUAUAAUGUUGCAUAUUUCUAAGAACGUUAGCAACGGAAAAACUGCUGUCGCUAAUGUAUAUCCAUCCAAGUCGGAUCUGAUAAAAGCUGCUUUCGCCAAUAUAUCUUGCCUCUUCAUAGAGGCUGCUCGACACGACUAUGAUGAAGAAAGUCUGAAACAUUUCCUACAAAAUGAACAUAUCAAUGGGCAAAGAAUUGAAACGCUAUGUAGUAGGUACAUAAACAACAAGGAAAAUAUCCAGACUCAAUUGGAAUUGACAGGAAAUAACUUACCGCACGUAGUGGACAUAGAUUGGCGUUUACAUCAUUGCGUUAAGAUGAGCACUCGUUUUACCAACGUACCAAUUUAUAACAUACGAGUGAGUACAAAAGAGUGCAAUCAAAUGAGACAUGUAACAUUUACGUGUACAGUACAACAGCUGCAAGAGUUGGUGCACAAGCUGAAGGAUGUUGUAAGACACAUUGAAAAAAUAUCCAAUAUAUAGAUCUGAUAGACGAUUAUAAUGUACAAUUUAGAGAUUCUUCAACUUUGCUUUGACAGCGAUUUGUAUAUAUGAAGGAGAAAUGUUCUAUAUUAAUAAUACAGUUUUAUGUAGGUGCAGUCAAUUAUAUUUUUGCAUUAUUAGCGAAGAGAAUAUCUUCUAAUUCCAUAUAGAAUUAUUACUUUUAUAUGUUUAUACAUGUAUAUGCACACACAUGUACACAUAUAUAAAAACUGAUUAAAAAUACAAUAUAUUUUCUAUUCUGCAGCCCAGUAUUUAUCUAAAAAUUUGUUUUUGUUUCGACGGAAAGAUACAUGCUGUGUGGUUAUAUCCUUUUAAUUAAAUAUAUAAUUAUAUUAAUUAGUAAUUCUUUCUCUAUUACUAUGUAAUAUAUAUUUUAUAAUCGUAGUACACUAUAUACAAAUAAAAUUAGCAUAUCUAAGAGAAAUUGAUCUCCAACCAUAAAAAUUAUUUAAAACUUUACUUUGUUGAUGCUUCUCUCAAUUCACGUUUGUUUGCUUUUUCAUCGAUGCGCACAAUCGUAUAAACGGACAAUACAAUGCAUAAAUAUACUAUUAAAAAUGAAGAAACAUAUGGAUUAGAUGAAUAGAGUUGAAAGAAAAUAGAG